GCUGCAUGUUUCCUGAGUGUGGCAUGAUGCAUUUGACUCGCAUCGGGCUACAGCCUGCUACACGCAUGGAGGGUUUGUGACUGAUAGCAAAAGUAGAGAUCUUCAGCUGGGAUUAAUUUAAUUCACUACCAAAAUGGCCCUACAAUUUAAAGAUUCCUUCUGGGGGAAUGACUUCACCAGCAACGCUGGUUAUGAAACUAUUAUUCAGAGACUUAAUGAUGGUCGGCGUACGUGUAAGGAUGUGGAGGACCUACUGAAAAUGAGAGCAUCGGCCGAGGAAAAGUAUGGCAAAGAAUUGGUCUCAAUUGCUCGAAAGGCGGGUGGCUCGGUGGAGAUUUGCACUCUAAGAGCAUCAUUUGAUGAAAUGAAAACACAAAUUGAAAACAUCGGAAACUUGCACAUUCAGCUUUCUGGGUUCCUGAAGGAAGAGGUGAAGAGAAUGGAGGAAUUCAGAGAGCGGCAGAAAGAGCAGAGAAAAAAGUUUGAGGUCAUCAUGGAGAAGGUCCAGAAAACAAAAGUCUCUCUCUACAAGAAAACCAUAGAUUCUAAAAAAUCCUAUGAGCAGCGUUGCAAGGAGGCGGAUGAGGCAGAGCAAACGGCUGAAAGGCUAGGCAACGCACCCACUGCCACUCCCAAACAGAUUGAGAAGAUGAACAACAAGUCAAAACAGUGCAGAGAAACUGCAGCUGAAGCCGAGACUCAGUACAGGUCAAACAUUGAGCAACUUGACCGAGUUCGACAAGAGUGGGAGUCGACGCAUGUUGAGAUCUGCGAGAUGUUUCAGCAGCAAGAAGAAGAUCGCAUCAGUGUCAUAAGGAAUGCUUUGUGGGUGCAUUGUAACCAGCUGUCGAUGCAGUGUGUCAAAGACGACGAGUGUUGUGAAAAUGUACGGAAUUCACUGGAAAAGUGUGACAUCAUCAGAGACAACAACUACUUUGUGGAGAUGAAAAAGUGUAAUCCGAUGCCCCCGGCUCCGAUUGAAUAUAAAAAUUACUACGAGAAUAAUGCUUCUAUGCAAAUGAAUGGCAGUGCUGGAUUUGUAGAGGGAGUCAAGAAAAGGAUUUCAAAUCUGCUGCCAGGAAGCUGUACAUUUGGCUCCAAGCUGAACAUCACUGAAGGAGUGUCAGAACCUCCUGCAGGAUCAUCGGAUGGUGUAUAUGCUUCCAUUCCUCAAUUCCAGCAUUUCAACCAGAGCAGCAAGGAGUAUAAGGCUGUAUACGACUAUAUAGCAAAGGGGGAAGAUGAACUCUCAAUAUCUGUUGGGGAUGUUGUGGUUGUGAUAGAUGAGGGGGAAGAUGGCUGGUGGACAGUGGAAAGAAAUGGUCAGUCUGGUCUGGUUCCUGGUUCUUAUCUCGCUAAGGAAUAAAUUUUCAGGCCAGCUUGUUUAACAUGUAUAUUUCAAAAUGGUUUUGUACUUUGAAAUCAGAAGGCACCUUUGUGGCAUGCAUGCUUUCAGAAAAAGUCCCCCUGCCAACGCGAAGCCUCUCCUGGUCAUAGUAUUGUUUCCAAAAGCAAGCAAUUUCUUUGUUGUUUAGAAUCCUUUGAACUAAAGGUUGAUCACAACACACUGAACCACUUUAUGACAAGAAUCCAAACUAAAGAAAUGUUACAUUUGUCGAUCUGUAAAUAAUGGCACUUACACAUACAGCAAUUAGUGUAAAACUAAUCUAUUUUUACACUAACUGAAAAAUUGUGUAUUUUCUGUCUCCUUACUGUCUCCUUCUCAAACUGCUGGCAACUAAGAGUCGUGCGGAUCUUUUGCACAGAAACAUGGCACUAAAACUUCUUAGCACACUUCAGUUCAAUGUUGAGUCUGAAGUUUUAAAGAUUUUAUAUGAUUUCUGUUCAUGCCUUGAAUGUAAUUUCUGUCUUGUUUAUGUAAAAUAAAAUAAAAAAUACAUUA